UCUCAUUGGUCCGCGCCGCCGUCAAUCACCCGCCCGCUGCCGCCCACACACAAUGCAUAAAGGGCCGCAGCUCAGCCGGAAUCGUCACAAUCACAGUCGCCAGGUUCGAUUGGACGCCACGUGCCAGCUCCAUCACUACGACAGGAGACAUUCCACGGCAGAGGAGAGGACUCAGUGAUACACACUCUCAUCAACAUGUCCCCUGCAGCUCAAGGAACAGCCAUUGGUAUUGACCUGGGUACCACCUACUCCUGUGUCGGGGUCUUCCAGCAUGGCAAGGUGGAGAUCAUCGCCAAUGACCAGGGCAACCGCACCACCCCCAGCUACGUGGCCUUCAAUGACACUGAGAGGCUCAUCGGAGAUGCUGCCAAGAACCAGGUAGCCCUGAACCCACAGAAUACCAUCUUUGAUGCCAAGAGGCUCAUCGGAAGGAGGUUUGAUGACCCAGUCGUGCAGUCUGAUAUGAAGCACUGGCCCUUCCGGGUGGUGAAUGAAGGAGGGAAGCCCAAGGUCAGGGUCGAGUACAAGGGUGACAGUAAAGCCUUUUACCCUGAGGAAAUCUCGUCCAUGGUGCUGACCAAAAUGAAGGAGACAGCAGAGGCUUACCUGGGACACCCUGUCAGUAAUGCUGUUAUCACAGUGCCUGCUUACUUCAAUGACUCGCAGCGCCAGGCAACCAAAGAUGCUGGUGUGAUCGCUGGCCUCAAUGUCCUCCGUGUUAUCAAUGAGCCAACGGCAGCUGCAAUUGCCUAUGGCCUGGACAAGAAGGGCAGAGGAGAACACAAUGUUCUCAUCUUUGACUUGGGGGGUGGCACCUUUGAUGUGUCUAUCCUCUCCAUUGACGAUGGUAUCUUUGAAGUGAAAUCGACAGCGGGCGACACCCACUUGGGAGGAGAGGACUUUGAUAACCGCAUGGUCAAUCACUUCAUUGAGGAGUUCAAGCGUAAAUACAAGAAGGACAUUAGUCAGAACAAGAGGGCAGUGAGGAGGCUGAGGACAGCCUGUGAAAGAGCCAAGAGAACCCUGUCUUCCAGCACACAAGCCAACAUUGAGAUUGACUGCCUGUUUGAAGGCAUUGACUUCUACACCUCCAUCACCAGGGCUCGGUUUGAGGAGCUGAAUGCUGACCUUUUCAGGGGCACUCUGGAACCAGUGGAGAAAGCUCUGAGAGAUGCCAAGUUGGACAAGUCACAGAUCCAUGACAUUGUCUUGGUUGGAGGCUCCACCCGCAUUCCCAAGAUCCAGAAACUGCUGCAAGAUUUCUUCAGUGGCAAGGAGCUGAACAAGAGCAUCAAUCCUGAUGAGGCUGUGGCCUAUGGGGCAGCUGUUCAAGCAGCUAUUCUGAUGGGGGACAAGUCCGAGAAUGUUCAGGACCUACUUCUCCUGGAUGUUGCUGCCCUGUCAUUGGGUCUCGAGACAGCAGGAGGUGUCAUGACUGCACUCAUCAAGCGCAAUACCACCAUUCCCACCGAGCAGACCCAGAUCUUCAGCACCUACUCUGAUAACCAGCCUGGUGUGCUUAUUCAGGUGUAUGAAGGAGAGCGAGCCAUGACCAAAGACAACAAUCUCCUGGGGAAAUUUGAGUUGAGUGGCAUCACUCCUGCCCCUCGUGGUGUGCCACAGAUCGAGGUCACCUUUGAUAUCGAUGCCAAUGGCAUCUUGAAUGUCUCCGCCAUUAAUAAGAGCACUGGCAAAUCGAACAAGAUCACUAUCAGCAACGACAAGGGCAGGCUGAGUAAGGAGGAGAUUGAGAGGAUGGUGCAGGAUGCAGAAAAGUACAAGACUGAGGACGAAGCCCAGCGGCAGAGGAUUGCAGCCAAGAACUCUCUGGAGUCCUACGCCUUCAACAUGAAGAGCACAGUUGAGGAUGAGAAUGUGAGAAAUAUGAUUAGCGACGGAGAUAGGAAGAAAAUUCUUGAGCAAUGCAACCAGGCAAUCCUGUGGCUGGAGAACAAUCAGACGGCAGACAGGGAGGAGUUUGAGUACCAGCUGAAGGAACUGGAGAAACUCUGCCGUCCUAUUAUUGCCAGCCUUUACCAAUCAGGAGCAGCAGCAGCGGGGGGUUCUUGCAGAGCCCAGGCUGGCAGUGCCGCUUCCACAGGACCGACUGUGGAGGAGGUGGAUUAAAACACUGAAAACGGUAGUAGAUUUGCCAUCUUUAGGUCCAUUUAAGUCGUCAUUGGAUAAGCAUAUGGACGUACAUGGAAUAGUGUAGGUUAGAUGGGCUUGAGAUCGGUAUGACAGGUCGGCACAACAUCGAGGGCCGAAGGGCCUGUACUGUGCAGUAAUGUUCUAUGUUCUAUUAAAAAAAAUCUGUCCCUCUGAAAUCCAGAACACAACGUUAGACUUCUUUUGUUUUUGUUUUCUCCACUCCCUGUCAUUGCAAGUUUGCUGCAAAAGUUACUACCAGGUGUAACAGUUAAGAUGUUUGUGAUCUGGGAGCCUGUUGACAUUGAUAAUUUAAUUUUCUGAAUUCUGGGGAAGAAGAUGAAUGUGUUUGCCAUCUUGUUGUGUUGGCUUGAUUCGGAGAAGUUCUUAAUGUA